AUGUCGCAAUUCAUCGGCAACUCAACCCUCGCCUUCGCGCGCACAUGGCACGCCGUCUCGGCGAAAGACCGCGUUCUCGGCCCGCUCGCCGUCAACAUCGCCUCCAUCCUCAUGGGCAAGCACAAGCCCGUCUACGACCCCUCGAAGGACUGCGGCGACUACGUGGUCGUCACGGACGCCAAGCAGGUGGUCGUUACGGGUCGCAAGGCCGAUCAGCGCGUCUACCGUCACCACACCAUGUUUCCAGGAGGGUUGAAGGAGAUCAAGUACAAGGAGAUGAUGGAGAAGCGACCGGAGGAGAUUAUCCGGAAGGCGGUGAGCGGGAUGUUGCCCAAGAACACGUUGAGGGAUAGGAGGCUGGAGAGGUUGAAGGUGUUUGAUGGGGAGGAGCAUCCGUAUGGACAGAAUGUCGUGAGGAGGUAUACGGGGGAGACCUUCUUCGGCUGGCUCUCCCGAUCGGGUCCGAGCACUAGUCAAGACGAUUCGUCUUUGAGCUCGUCUCGUCUCAGUGCAGACCCGGCGUCAAUAGCUUCGGAUCGCGGCGGAUCCGCCGUCCGAGCGUCAAGCACACCCUCCUCUACCACAGCAUCAGCACCAUCAGCAUCACCAUCAUCAUCACACCUCGCUACAGCAUCAGCAUCAUCAUCCUCAACAACGUCACCGUCAACCCCGCCCUCGCCGCCCACUUCCCCCUCCUCAGACGCCUCGAAAGCAAACCUGCCAAUAAAGGGCAAACUUCUCGCGCGGGACCAGGAGCUGCUCGCCAAGCUGCUCGAUCGCGAGGGUGGCUCGGCGGGCGUUUCCAUCGUCAAUGGGCGCUACGAGGAAGGGCUCGGGCCCGAGACCAAGAAGAACAUGUUUAGGCUUAUAUGA